CUGGUGAGAAGUUGAAUGGCAUUCAGGUCAACCCCACCAGCCAGCAGGAGAUGAGGGAAAAUGUGGAAAAAGUCUUACAGUUCGUGGCAUCAAAAAAGAUCCGCAUGCAUCAGACAUCAGCAAAAGAUAUUGUUGAUGGGAACUUGAAAUCUAUCAUGAGGUUGAUCUUGGCCUUAGCUGCUCAUUUCAAACCAGGCUCCGGGAGAGCAAUGAAUCAUAGCCCUGCUGGUGUGGUGGGGAAGAGCUUGUCAGCAUCGUCUGCCAGUCACAGGCCUCGCUCAGCUGCUGCAGUGGCCCAAGGGGCGGUGACUGCUCUGGCAGAUGUUCGUCAAGAUGUCUUGCAAUCCGGCCGGGAUGUUUUCCGGCACAGACAGAGAAAUAGCAGCAUGGAUGAGGAGAUGAAAAACCCCUACUGGAGUGUCCGAGCACUGGUGCAGCAGUAUGAAGGGCAGCAGAACAUGCCAUUGGAAUCCCACUCUUCCAG